CUCCAACUAAAAUAGAGUGGCAUUCAAGCAUUGUGAGAGGAGAGGGGAAAGAGGAGGAGAAGGAGGAGUAGAAGGAGGUGGCGUAGGAAAGGGAGGGAAAGGAGGUGGUACGGCUCUGGUGGUAUUUCUUAACGUGUCCUUUGAGUAUGAGGGCACUUCUAGUUUGUCCAUGACGGUGGUCGGCCUGCUAGCAGCUGUUUCUGAUUAUCAGCAAGUCUGUAAUCUGUUGUCCCCUGGAAGUGACACUGAGAAGACAAGGACUCCUCUAAAGAGAAGACAGAAUUGAUUGGUUUAUUUUACACUAGACAUAUCAGAAGAUUCAUUCAUGGGUGGAAACAACAGAGGUGAACAUCUAUAAAGACAUUCAUCUUUUCAUUCUCAAACCCGGAGACUAGACAGCUAGAAACAACCACAGCGAGUCUUCCAUCAAUUCAAGCUUUAUCGUUGAAGGAGACGGCUUACGUUUUGUCAAGCGGGGUAAUAAAGAGCCCAUUUUCACCAUCGGUCUGUGGAAUAUACUGAUGACAAGUGAACAAGAAGCGAUUUGUCUGCAGACAGUCUUGCAUCCACAACUUGACCCUGUCAGGAAGAUACAAGAGGAAAAAGAACUGUGUUAUUGCUGCUGAAGUGUUAACAUACCUCCUUCAGCUCUUCAACAUCCCUAGCAAUAAGAAAGCAUCAACAGUCUGACUUGUUCAGACAGGAUCAUUGAUCCCAGACACUCAACCUUAGGCGCUAACCACAGAACAUCUGAACAGAACUGUAUAUCAAAGUGAAGCUUCUGUUGAAGUUUGAAGGCCUCUGAAGCUCAGUGACUGUCAGCCCGCCAAGUAGUUCUGGCAACUAAUCGUACAUCCUAACAGCAGACGAGACAAAGAAGUGUUCUCAGGUAAAGAGGCAGCGCGAACAAGAAUCUGUCAAGCAUCAUCACUAAACAACUAAUUCAUUAGUUGACAGAAAGACAAACACACACCUGUCGGAUCUUCAACAGACACCUGUUGCUCCACAACUAUUAAAGACAUCCUCUGUUGGAUCACAGGCUCUUCUGACUAGCCAUGGCUGACUGGAGUCUACUUGGGAACUUUCUAGAAGAAGUCCAGGAACAUUCCACUUCAGUGGGAAAGGUGUGGCUCACCAUUCUUUUCAUCUUCCGGAUCCUGGUCCUGGGCACAGCUGCCGAGUCCUCGUGGGGCGACGAGCAGGAAGACUUCACCUGCGACACGGAGCAGCCCGGUUGUGAGAACGUUUGUUACGACCGAGCCUUUCCCAUUGCGCAUAUCCGCUUCUGGGUGCUCCAGAUUGUGUUCGUAUCCACACCUUCGCUCAUCUACAUGGGACAUGCGAUGCACAGCGUCCGCAGAGAGGAGAAGAGGAGGAAAGAGCAGGAAGAAGAAGGAGGGCAAACAGACCGAGAUGGAGAGAAAUACCCAGAGGAAGACAAGAACUGCGGGAAGGAGGACGAAGGUGGAGGUGGGAAGGUGCGACUGAGGGGUGCUUUGCUACAAACGUACGUACUAAGCAUCCUCAUCCGCUUAGUAAUGGAGGUGGCCUUUAUUAUAGUCCAGUACCUGAUCUAUGGAGUCUUCCUUGAUGCGCUCUACGUGUGUAGAGCACCUCCGUGUCCGCAUCCGGUCAACUGCUACAUCUCAAGACCUACGGAGAAGAAUGUGUUCAUUGUGUUUAUGCUGGUGGUAGCGGCUGUGUCGCUGUUGCUCAGUGUCGUAGAACUGUAUCAUUUGGCGUGGAAGCAGUUUAAGCGUUGUUUGCAAAAAUAUAAGGAUUCCAAUCAUCGCCCAAAUACACCAUCCACCAUGGCUGCAGUCUCACCACACCCGUCCACACCAAACCGAGGCUGCACUCCACCUCCCGACUUCAACCAGUGCCUGACAACACCACCGUCCUCCCCUACCAUACAGACACACGCACACCCGCUUUUACACCCAACCUGCCCGCCUUUUCACGACCGACUGGCGCACCAGCAAAACUCGGCAAACAUGGUUACCGAACGCCAUCGAGGUCAAGACUAUCUAGGGGUCAACUUCUUGAGCUUCUCACAUGCACUUACGGAGACGCCUAACUCAUGUGCCUCACCUUCGUUUCUAAGUAUUGAAUUUGAUGAGGACAAGCGAAGGUUUAGCAAGAGCAGCGGGACCAGCAGCCGCAUGAGACCGGACGACCUUGCAGUAUAACAAAGGGUCGUCCUAGUUGACGACUCAUAAAUCUGCUAUGAUUUUGCACUUGACCUAACGUAUUUACUUUAUUGCUGUCUGAUAGACUGAGCCAGAAUAUCAGUUCACACAUUUGCCCACAUGCAUAACGUGAACGAGUGAUGUAUAAAAAAAAACUAUUAAACCUUACAAAAGUCAACAUGAAAUCAAAACACAUUAUACUAAAGAAACUAUGGAAGCCUGUUUCCGCCCCUGAAAAAAAAAAAGUUAUUGCAAUUUUUUAAUCUCACAAUUCUGACUUUUUUCUCAGAAUUGAGAUAUAAACUCACAACUGCAAGUUACAAAGUCAGAAUUGUGAGAUAUAAAUUUGCAACUGCAACUUAAAGUCAGAAUUGUGAGAUAUUAGUAUGCAAUUUUGACUUUUUUUUUUCCAGAGAUAUGAUAUGAGAGAUAUAAACUCACAGUUAUGAGAAAUAAAGUAAGAAUUGUGCAAUAAAAACACCCAAAUCUAACUUUCUCACAAAUGCACAAAAUUCUUUUUUCUCGCAAAUUGUUGCAUUUCUGACUUUUUCCCACAAUUGCAAGUUUGUAUUUUGAAAUUCUAUGAUAAAAACUUGCAACUGUGAGUUAUAAAGAAAAAAAAAAAAAAAAGAUUAGUAUGUUCUCAGAAUUGCGAGUUUAUAUCGUAUAAUUCUGAAAGUGUCAAAAUUGUGAGAAAAAAGUCAGUAUUUGGAAAAAUUGUGAGAAUUUUAAAAUACAAACUUGCAAUUGCAAGAAAAAGUCAGAAUUUAGAGAUAUAAACUCACAAUUAUGAGAAAUAAAGUAAGAAUUGUCCAAAAAAACAAACAAACAAACAAACGCACAAUUCUGACUUUUUUUCCCUCACAAAUGUGUUUGUAUGUUGCAAUUCUGACUUUCUCGCAAUUGCUAGUUUAUUUUGAAAUUCUGAAUUUCACGCAAUUGACUUUUUUCUUAGAUUUGAGUGAUAUAAACUUGCAAUUGUGAGUUAAAGACAAAAGACGUUCUCAGAAUUGCACGUUUAUACUGUAUAAUUCUGACUUAACUCGCAAGUUUGUGAGAAAAAUGUCAGAAUUCUGAGAAAAAAGUCAGAAUUUCAAAAUACAAACUUGCAAUUGCAAGAAAGUCAGAAUUGAGAGAUAUAAACUGUCAAUUAUGAGAAAUAAAGUAAGAAUUGUGCAAUAAAACCUUCCAAUUCUGACUUUUUUCCUCGCAAUUGCAAGUUUAUAUUUUGAAAUUCUGAAUUUUUACGCAAUUCUGACUUUUUUCUCAGAACUGUGAGAUAUAUACUUGCAAUUGCAAGUUAUAAAGAAAAAAAAGACUAAGAUGUUCUCAGAAUUGUGAGUUUAUAUCUUACAAUUCUGAAUUAACUCACAAUUGCGUGAGAAAAAAAAAUCUGAAUUGAGUUUAUUUCUCAGAUUUACAAGUUUAUAUCUCACAAUUCAGAAUUGUGAGAUAAAGUCACAAUUACCUUUUUUUAUUUUGUAUUUUUUAUUCAGUGGCAGAAAUGGGCUUCCAUAAUAAAUGCUCAUCUUCAUAAUUUUUUCAUCAAAAUUUAAAAACUAGCAUGACCUUUGAAAAUUGUGUCAUUUUGCAUUUGGACUAAUGCACUGGAAACAUGGAGAAAAAAAAAAAAAAUCAAAAUCAAAA